CUGUUUACAACGUUUUCUCGGGCUCGGGUGGUACCGUGGUUGCUGGUCCUGGUAGCCAAGGCGACGGAGAUCUUCCCAGCUCGCGAGAGCGCCCCCUUCUCCCUCGGCUUCGGGGACCCAGCAACAGCUAUGGCUCCGGUGUCUGGCUCCCGCAGCUCGGAGUGGGAGGCCUCGGGCUCCGGGGUGAAGCGUCGCAGUUCGUCGAAGAGCCCUAAGCCCAGCAGAUCCUCUCGCUCCCCGCGGGGCCGCCGCUCUCGCUCGCACUCUUGCUCUCGGUCCGGGGACCGGAAUGGCCUUAGCCAUCAACUGAAUGGCCCCAGCCAAGGCUCCCGAAACCAGUCCUACCGCUCCCGUUCGCGGUCACGCUCUCGAGAGCGGCCCUCCGCGCCGCGGGGCGCCCCUUUCGCUUCUGCCUCCUCGUCCGCCUAUUAUGGCGGCUACUCACGCCCCUACGGGAGCGACAAGCCAUGGCCUAGCCUCCUGGACAAGGAGAGGGAAGAGAGCCUGCGGCAGAAGAGAUUAAGUGAGAGAGAGAGGAUUGGAGAAUUGGGAGCUCCUGAAGUAUGGGGACUUUCUCCAAAGAAUCCAGAACCAGACUCUGAUGAACAUACACCAGUAGAGGACGAAGAGCCAAAGAAAAGCACCACUUCAGCUACUACUUCAGAAGAAGAAAAGAAGAAGAAGAAGUCUAAUCAUUCAAAAGAAAGGUCCAAGAAAAGGAGGAAGAAAAAAUCAUCUAAAAGAAAACACAAGAAGUAUUCUGAUGAUAGUGACAGUGACUCUGAUUCUGAAACAGACUCCAGUGAUGAAGAUACAAAAAGGAGAGCAAAGAAAGCCAAGAAAAAGGAAAAGAAGAAGAAACGCAGAUCGAAGAAAUAUAAGAAAAAGAAGUCUAAGAAGAGCAGGAAAGAUUCCAGUGAUUCAAGUUCUAAAGAGUCCCAAGAAGAGUUUCUAGAGAAUCCCUGGAAGGAUCGAUCAAAGCCUGAAGAACCCUCAGAUUUGAUUGGCCCAGAGGCUCCCAAAACACUUGCCUCUCAAGAUGAUAAACCUUUGAACUAUGGCCAUGCUCUGUUACCUGGUGAAGGUGCAGCUAUGGCUGAAUAUGUAAAAGCUGGAAAACGUAUCCCACGAAGAGGUGAAAUUGGCUUGACAAGUGAAGAAAUUGCAUCAUUUGAAUGCUCGGGUUACGUAAUGAGUGGUAGCAGGCAUCGCCGAAUGGAGGCUGUGCGACUGCGAAAAGAGAACCAGAUCUAUAGUGCUGAUGAGAAGAGAGCCCUUGCAUCCUUUAACCAAGAAGAGAGACGAAAGAGAGAAAACAAGAUUCUGGCCAGUUUUCGAGAGAUGGUAUACAGAAAAACUAAAGGGAAAGAAGACAAAUAAAGAUUUUCGUAUUGUUCAUCAGACUCUUUUUUUUUAAUUUUUAUUUUUUUGUGGUACGCGGGCCUCUCACUGCUGUGGCCUCUCCUGCCGCGGAGCACAGGCUCCGGACGCGCAGGCUCAGCGGCCAUGGCUCACGGGCCUGGGCCUAGCCGCUCCGCGGCAUGUGGGAUCUUCCCAGGCCGGGGCACGAACCCGCGUCCCCUGCUUCGGCAGGCGGACUCCCAACCACUGCGCCACCAGGGAAGCCCUCAUCAGACAUUUUUAACAACAAAAAAGAAAGUUUGGGUUCCAUAUAUACACACAAAAAGAUUACCAUGAUCUGAAAAAGCUUUACAGUGCUACUGUGCCUUCUAUUUAAUUCUUUCAGUCCUUCUAUAAAAAGCUGCUUAUUGAUGUAACUUUAGCAAGCUCUUUGGGUUAUUUUGGAUUGACCAAAACAACCUUCUGGUUUAAAAAUCCAAAUUAUGAAUGAAACUCUACUGUGUUGAGGGAGGUGGCAUUGAGAGAAGGUGCUGGUGAGGUGAGAAACUGCACUCUCACACCACGGGACAGUUCUCCCAUUAGCUCUACAUGGUGCCCACUCCCCAACCCGUACCAACUGAACUUGGGAGAAAUUAUCAUUCCUCUAUGUUGAAGGUGUUAUAAAUGGACUUGAUAGAAACACACAGGAGGCCACUUUUGUUAACAAAAUGAAGGCAUGGCUGAAAAAAAGCAAAUCUGGAGUUUGAAGGUUGACUUGUAUAUUACAAUAUUAUUGUCAGCUCUGGAAGUAAUGUGUUUUGAUUUUAGUCCCUACCUCCACCCCAAAACCAACAAACAAACCAAAAAGCAAACUAACCCACAGACUUGUUGAAUUGAAAACGUGAACAUUAGUUUUAAAAUUCUUAAUAGGCUAAUUAAAAAUGGUUAUUUCAAAUAUAAAAUAUUGGGAAGUCUCCUGUUGUGCCAAUGUAAGUACAUUAUUUCCACCUGAGCUGUAUUUAGAUCAUUAUUUGAAUACUACAAAUGGAUGGGAGUCAACAAUGAUCAGGAGUUUAAUAAGGAAAAAUAUGAGUCAUUGUUUUCAUUGUUUUAACUUGGUUGCUUCAUUAGGAUGAAGCUAAAAUGAUGUUAAACGUUUUUAAAGUCUGUCCUUUGUAAUACGCAGAUUUCAUUUUAAGCAUUGUUAAACUUUUCCGUUUAUUUUUUACAUCUGUCAUUCAGUUUAAUCUGUAACUUCAUAUAGAACUCCUCACUUUCUCACGUUUUUAUGGCUACUGUUGGCUUUUAAGUUUGGGGGAAAUGGAAAAUUCUGGGACUGUGAGAUCAUGAUCUUUUUCUUCCCUCCUUUUGUUAAAGUUUAGUUGUUAGGACAUACUAGCGAAGGGGGAGGGGAUAGUAGAAGUUUUGGCUGUUUUUGUUAAGGUUGUUUUGAGCUGCAUUAUUAUGUGCCUAGGAUAAAUUUAAAUUAUCUGAGUGAUGGGGAAUUUCUGACUUUGCUGUUAUAAGAUGCCCUCUCUCCUUAUAAUAAAGUUUUUUUUUAAGUUUUUUG